AUGAUCAGACGUGCAGCGGCAACGGCCGCCAGUCCCAGCGCCAUGCUGACGGAGAACGGACGCCCAUUCGCAAUGGUUGCGCGUGAGGUCAAGGCAAUGCAGCAGCAUAUAGUGGGACUUGUUGCUAAUAAAGACAAUGAGGUCCUCGACCACGCUGGCAAGUAUUUGUUCAAGGCGGGUGGAAAGCUGCUGCGCCCUACAUUGGUGGCUAUGAUGGCGCACGCAUUGCUUCCCCCGCAUGUCAGCAAGCACAUGCAGGAAAGCAGCAUCGGCUCCCUUGACGACAUCACCAUCGGAACCAUUCGGCCGUUCCUGCGGCUCGGGGAGGUCACGGAGAUCAUACAUACCGCAUCCCUUGUCCACGAUGACGUGAUUGACAACAGCGACACGCGGCGCGGGCAGCCGGCGCUGCAUUGCGUGUACGACGCAAAGCGCGCAGUGCUGGCGGGAGAUUACCUUCUCGCCCGCGCCUCACUGUGGAUCGCGACUCUCUGCGUUCCACGCAUUGUGGUGCUCAUGACCACGGCGCUAGAGGAUCUCACCCGAGGUGAACUGAUGCAGAUGGACGGCUGCUUCGACCUGGAGCGCUAUGAGCAAAAGACGUACUGUAAGACAGCCUCCCUUAUUUCGAACUCCCUUGCGUCAACGGCGGUGCUCGCCAGCCCGCAGAACGCCGCGUACGAGGAAGCAGCAGCCACGUUUGGCAAACACUUGGGAAUUGCCUUUCAAAUCGUUGACGACUGUCUCGACAUCACAGGAGAUGAGAAGAACCUUGGCAAGCCCAAGAUGGCCGACAUGAAAGAGGGCAUCGCGACACUGCCGGUCCUUCUCGCUUCGCAGAAGGAUGCAUGCGUCGCCGCGGCGGUGCGGCGCCGUUUCAGAGAACCCGACGACGCGGCGGUGUGCAUGGAGGCGGUGGAGAAGCACGGCUGUGUCGCAGAGGCUCUCCAGCACGCCGACCAGCACUGCCGCCGCGGCGUAGAGGCACUGCACACGCUCCACCACUCGCAGGCGCGGGACUCUCUUGAAGCGGCGAUGAGCCUCAUCCUAACGCGGCAGAUGUGA